AUGAGCCGUGGUUUCCCUGUUAAACCUCGGACCCGGAGUAAGAAGAGAUAUAAACCUGAAACCAACUCAUAUUCUCAGAUUCAAUUUACAGGCCAUAGAACCAGCAAUACAGCAGUACAGAUAAUGCGUAUACCCUGUCUCUCAGUUAUAUUACUCUGUACUCUAGCUUCAGCCAAGGGAUGGCGGGAUGGGGACCCUUCCAAGUGGGCCCCGAGAUAUCUAACCUACAGGCCCAUCUAUCCCAGCUAUGGACCAACUAUGGAGGGUAUUGGUCGCCAGAAAAUGUCUGAGUUUGGAGGCAAAAGUGCUAAAGGGUUCUUUGGUACAAUGGGUAGUGUCUUCAAACGGGAAAGGUUCCCCCGGCAGCCCGAGGCUUGUGUUCCUGAAGGAGGAAUCUGUCUUUACAGGGGAGGUAUGAGAGGAGCCUCGGUUAAAUUGAAUUGUUGUGAAGAUACAACCUGCUGGUUUGUUGGUAAAUCCUUUAACUGUGUAGCAGACAGUGUUUUUGAGGAAGAGGAAGCUAAAGAGAUUUUGGAGUAUUAGAAAACGCAUUUUCAUCAAGAACUUUUUUCAUAAAUCGGAACUAUAUUUAAUGUUUUUUUUUCUUCUUCAUGUUUUCAAGUAUACGCUACAUUUAAAAAAAAUAUUGAAAUCUUUUUAUUCAAAUCUUAAGAUUUAAAACGUUAUAAUGUGCGAGGUAAACACAUUUUAGACUAAGAAAAAUCAAUAGUUUUUAAAAUAACACAAAAUCAUUAAAAACAAGAAAUUCAAGAAAUAUGUUAA